AAGUCGAAUGAUAUCAUUGCUUUAUGACUUUUAUAUGAGUCAAGAUUUGAAAGAAACAGCAAAUUUUACUGACGAUGUCAUCAAAGGCACAUCGCAGGGCAAGCUACGAGGACAGAGCGGACCAAGACGGCCGAUUGACAGGCAAACACAUACGAACUUUGUUACACCUGCAAGAUUUACACACCGAAAACGAUCUUUUGAAAGCUAGAAUUGCUGAACUGGAGCUUGAUGAGGCAAAAGCUGCCAGAUGUGAUCUUCUGGAGCGUGAAGUAGAGAAGUUACGGGUAAGACUUUGUGAAGUUUCUCUCUCUGCUGCAGGUUAAUUUCAAUAACAGACCUAACUAUAGCGCACACAGCACAGGGGAUCAGUUGUGAUUAAAGUAUACAGUCAAGGCCAUUUUUAUUUAAGACUAACAUUUCAUAAUUUACCUGGUAUUGUAAGUAAUGAAAUUUUACUCUCAUUAAUCUCUAUCGAUCAUACUUGUUCAGACAAGAUGUCUGCUUAUUGGAAAUUCUGAAAUUCAACGAACCAAGACUGACUCAAAGUCCAAAUGUGGGAAUAGUGAUAAAAGUGACUUUAAGGAGCUCUGACUGCCACAUUGCUGCAAAGAAAUUAAAAAACAACAUAUUACUGCGCAAAAAAAUAAAGGAACGUGGACUAGGCAUCAAGUUUCAUUCCCACUCAUGUUUUUCACACACAGUUGGAUGCAUCAUAAAGCUAUACUACAUUCUUGCAUAGAAUGUGGUCAUAAAGUCUGUUUGCUACUCAUUAUUUAGGCCUUAUGGGUGCUUGCAUACAUGUUACUUGUGCUAGUCACUCUUCACCAAUAUGUUGAUUUUGAGUCUUGAAUAAAGUUUGCAACCAUUGAUCAGUUUGUUUCAUAUCCUCUUUAGGAUGUUUUAGAAUUUUUGACACUUGAUCAAAUAGUUCUGAAGAGAGUGUCAAGGGUCAGUGAUUGUGGAACACAGGUUCACCGAUCAAGAAACCACCAUAUUACAUUUUUUUGUUUGGCCAUACACUGGAGCUUUCUUAACACAAAGAAUGCACACUACAGGAUUAGGGAUCACUGAAUUACCACAUGAACAAAUGAACAACACUGCAAAUACUAAUGUCCUUCUAGAUAAUACUAGAGAGUUCUUUGUCAAUAUCCAGCUGCCUUCACCUCACAAAGAUAUUCGCUUAGAUAUAUCACUCAUGAAGCACUAUCUGUUGUGCAACUAAAUCCUUUGUCCCCCAAAAUCUAGACCAUCACUUCCAUCAGUGUGAGAUGUGGUCAUAAUUUGAAACUAAUCAUGGUGGCUGGUUCUCAUUUUAUUUCUCAUUAGCAUUUUUCAUUUGCCAUAGCAGUUGUAGCAAUCAUGUUGGUUUUCAGUAAGUUAUUGUUUUUAAGAGAUUUAUGACCCAUUUUAUGAAUGACAGUAGUAAAGACCAUGUUUACACUGAACAGUUUACCAAUGUACACAAACUGUUGAACUGUCAAGAAGACUUAAUUAAAUACUAGAGAGUUGUUGAAAGUCUAGCACAAAUUAUGUCAAAACCAAAAUGAUUUUCGCUGUUGCAGUCUUCUUAAUUUAGUGAUCAGUUGCAGUUGAAUCAAAAAAAAAGUUGAAAUUCCAGCAAAAGAACAUUUUCAUAUCAUUACAGCAUAUUUCUUUCUGAAAGUAAGGUACCUAUCAUCCAUCACUCACAUCCAUGAUACAAUAAUGUUCCAAUGGAAUCUUCUUUAUUCUUGUGAACUUUAUGGGGAUAGAGAGUUAAAUGAAAUUUCCUAUAUGAGUAUUUUUUUGUCAUUACUUUGUCAAAUGUUCUGCAGGGUGAAUUAUUGAAGUGUGAAGAGCUUCAUCAGAUUGCUAAGGAAGCAAAGGAUAAGUUCCAGCAAAUGCAAAGAGACUGUUUGAUGAAGAUUGAUGAAAACUGUGCAGCUUUGACAGAAAAGCACAAAGUAGAGGUGGGUAAUUACAUGCAACAAUAUAGCUGUAGAAUGUAAUUAAAUCUUUGAUUACAAAGUACAAAGAUGUUUAAGAAAUUAUAUAAAAGUGAGCUACAUAGCUGUGACAAGUGUUUGCUGUGAAGACCUGAAAAAUUGUGCAUCGUUGACCCUAUCUUUUAAGGUCCUGCAUUUAAUUUAUCAAUUUUUAUUGAGUUAUGAUUAGAAUGAAAAGAUUUCUUGACAAUUUGAGUUGACAGUGUGGGUAGCCAAAUUUACCAUGCCAGCUUGUCAUCUUUGAUUGAGGUAGCAAAACUAGGUUUCUCGGGCUAAAAAAAAACUUUCGUCCUCAACUUUGGAAUGUAGCACUUAAGACCUUGGGUUGUGAAAUGUAAUGUAAGUAGAUAUAUCUACAUUACUGGUAUUUAGUGGGCAGAAGGUCUGUUUGGGGGAAAAUGUGUCAGAGGUCUUCAGUACCGCCCAAGGCUGAAGGCAAAGGGCUGUACUUGAGACCAAUUCCAGAAUUUUUCCAUAUGGACCAACAAAGGGUGGUAAAUAACUUACUUAUUUUUGUAAAGUUUCUGAACUAUGGUUGAUAUUUUCAAAAGCUGCACUGGUUACUAGCAUGCAAGUAGCCAAUCAGAUUUGAUGAUUUAAAAUUCCAGCCCACUGAGAUACUUUUAAAACAAAAUAAAGGAAAUGAUGGUCAUUUUCUCUUCAGAUCAUGAGAAUUGUGUCAGAAAAACUUGAAGCUGAAAAUUGCUGGACAAUUGAGAAGCAACAGGUAUGUUGAGAAACUGAGUGGUUCUUUGAUAAUUAUGUCUUGUUCUAAUCAAUACUAAUUAUUGCUCCAGUCAUUAAUCACUUGAAUGCCUUCUCUGAAGGUAACAUCCCAUUUUCAGUAGCUAAUCUUUAGAUUUUCAGGGGGCAUAGAAGGUGUGAUAGUGUAUAAAAACUGCCUUUGAUUAGUUUAUGGAACAAAGCAGAAGCCUCUUGUGAGGAUGUAAUUAAAAAUUACUGUUUUCCUCAACAAGGCCGUGGUUGAAAGAUGUGGAACCAUAUUGGAACACAUUAACCCUUUAACUCCCAAGAUCUCAUUAGUAAUUCUCCUUUCUGUCUGCCAUACAAUUCUUAUGAUGUCAAUUUGGAUAAUUUGGUACUGGAUCAACUAAUAAUCCCCUAAUUGAUAUUAUAUUUUAUUCUCGUCUCUUCUAUGCUUGCUUUUGUAUUGAUAUUGUAAGGAGAAAUUCUCAGUCACUCAUGGGAGGUAAAGGGUUAAGCCAGUUAGGUUAAUUAUACAAUUAUUCAAUUUUAAAAUAAAGGUUUUUAUUAAAUUAAAGGUUACCAAGAAAAUUGAAGAUCUUCAGAAAGAAAACAAGUUUCUGAAAGAAGAACUGGAGAUUUUAAAAAGAACAGGAUGUGAUACUGUCGUAAGUAACAAGAGUGGUUGUUUUUCAGUGGUAAACUUUUCUGCAUUAAGUCAAACUUUGGUGUUUAUUAAGUAAUUAAGGAAUUGUUUUAAGGAGUGUGUUGGUUUUAAUUUUUGUAGAAACUGAAUUCAGCUCUUCAAGAAUCAAAGGCAGCCAUUGAGUUACUGAAACAAAACUGUGAACAGUUGAAACAAGAAAAAGGGGUCCUAGAGAAGACAGUAAAGGAUUUGAGUAUGAAAAAUCAAACUCUCUCAUCAGAGGUAGACAGUUUGAAAUCUAGGAUAGCUGUUCUGGAAAUGCAGACAAAACUUUCACGAGAAGCUAAAGCUGAGGAGCAGGGUAAAGCCAUGGAAACUAAUAAGCUAAAAGAACAGGAUGAGGCUGAAAUAGCUAAGUUGAAAGGACUUAUUCAGAAACUAGAGAGUAAAAAUGAAGCCCUUACAGAAGCUAACGAAAAACUAGAAAACGACAACAAACUUUUGGAGUUCAAUAUUCAGGAUUCUGCUCAGACCUUGAAGCACAUGUACAAAGAAAGAGACUUGCUUAAAAACAGGAUUACAGGACUUCUCAAUGAAAUAGCAGCUAUGAAGUCACAAACACCGGAGAAACACACAUUUGUUGACUUUGUCCAUCUUAAACGGGAUUACAAUGCACUGAAGGAUGAACACGAAAAGCUUCUCAAGAAAAGAGUCUCCAAAACGAAUGUGUUACCAACUUUGAAGGGAGAUGCCACAGUUGUUGCACGGGCAACAAGCGGUGGGACUGUGAGAAAUGGAGCACAAGUGGGAGGGGUGGGUGCUUUCUGGUAGCAGAAGGCUCUUUUUACGCCACCUUCCCUCCCCCAUUUCUUAAUGCAGAUGCUUUCCAAGGUAGAUGAUGUACCCUGGAAUUUGGUGAAAAAAAUGUUUUUCAGGUGCAACUUGCAAUUAUCCAUUCCUGUUUUAAGCUAGGAGAGUUUUGUAUUUCAUCGUUUGGUACUGUACUUAUAGUAUAUGUUGAGAAUGUUUAUGCUUCGUCAAUGUACGUUAAACAAUUUGAACUGGCUUUUUAAAUAGAGGAGACUGAGAUGAUUCGGUCUGGUUAGUUUAGUAGACUUUUUUUUGGCAAACUAUUUAACUCAUAAUUCUGCACAAUUACCCGCUCAAUCGAUUUAUCGAUUUCCGUAUUUAUUCAA